CCGGUUUAAGAGGCACGUCAAUAAUUACGAAACGAACGCUGAAAUUGUUACAGAGUAGUAUAAAGUACACUCUGUAACAAUUUACGAACGCGGCCCAUUCCACGUUUUAAAUUGUUGUCUACAAAAUAAACGGGCAUUUAAAUUGUUUAAAAGUGAACGCCGGCGCAGACGAUCAACAUCUAGGUAUAAUCUGUGAUUUAGGUGAAAUGAAUCUUAAAAAGUAACGAGUGGUGUGCGUAUGGUGCGCAUCUUGGGCGUAAAUUUGAACGCAGCCUCCGACUACUGUCAAUUUGACCAACAAAUGUUUUAAUAACCUAACUUUGCCUCAACGUGUAACGUUUUUGGUUAUCAUUUUUUAUACCAAUGGUGCAAAAGAAGAUGGUUUUUAAAGAUGUUGUGAAGACAAUUGAUGAAGAUGAAGAGGUUUCGGACUACUCAGAAGAUUCCGAUGAGGAAUUAGAGUUCCAGCCGUCCAAACAAAAAAGUAGAAAGAGAACAGAUUUUGACACAGGUUUUGACUUUCUAACUUCUGUGGAGGAGUAUAAUGAAGACAAAUGGAACGAUCUCUCAAAGUAUAUUAAGCGUAAAGCCAAGUACAAGACUGAUGAUAAAAUAAACACAGUCAGGAAGAAAAGGGCACUGGAAGACCAAGAUGAAGCUGCAGAUGAACCAUUAGCUAAAGAGGAACUUGAGCUUUCAGAAGAUGAACUAAAACAUGAUAAGAUUAAAGUAAAACAGAAAAGGAUAAGAAAACAUAAAGAGACAGAUUCUGGAAGUUUUUUCGAAGAUGGUGACAUUGAUACUAAAGAUGCAAGCUUCUAUCAAAUGAACUUGUCUCGUCCAUUACUUAAAGCUAUUGGGCAAAUGAAAUUCGUGCACCCUACAGCAAUUCAAGCAGCUACUAUACCAAUAGCAUUAGAAGGCAGGGAUAUAUGUGGGUGUGCUGCUACAGGUACUGGUAAAACAGCUGCAUACAUGUUACCAACUCUGGAACGGCUUUUAUAUAGACCUUCUAGCGGAAUACCUGUAACCAGAGUGCUGGUGCUAGUUCCUACAAGAGAGUUAGGUGUUCAAGUAUACCAAGUAACUAAGCAGCUGUGUCAAUACACUGAUAUACAGAUAGGGCUAGCUGUGGGAGGAUUGGAUCUAAAGACGCAAGAGAAUAUUUUGAGAAAAAAUCCUGAUAUUGUUAUUGCAACACCUGGUAGGCUCAUCGAUCAUUUAAGAGGUACACCAUCCUUUAAUUUAGAUGCAGUGGAAGUUCUCAUCCUUGAUGAGGCUGAUAGAAUGUUAGAUGAGUAUUUUGCUGAGCAGAUGAACGAGAUUAUCAAGCAAUGUUCAAGAACACGUCAAACAAUGCUGUUUUCUGCGACGAUGUCCGAGGAAGUUGAAAACCUAGCAGCAGUCUCUUUAACGAAACCAGUCAGGUUAUUUGUAGAUAGUAAUAAAAAUGUUGCCUAUAAUUUGAGACAGGAAUUCAUCAGAAUAAGGCCUGAGCGAGAAUCUGACAGAGAGCCGAUUUUGGCUGCUCUUGUGUGCAGAGUUUUCAAAGAACACUGCAUGGUUUUUGUUCAGACUAAAAAGCAGGCUCAUCAGAUACACAUCAUGUUGGGUUUAUUAGGCCUGAAAGUAGCAGAACUCCAUGGAAAUUUAACUCAACCGCAACGAUUAGAGGCUUUAGAAAGGUUCAAAACGAAAACCGUCGACUUUUUAGUAGCAACAGAUGUGGCAGCAAGAGGACUUGAUAUACCAGGAGUCCAAACGGUCAUAAAUUUUGCCAUGCCUGCUACAAUGGAACACUACAUUCAUAGAGUUGGUAGAACUGCUAGGGCAGGAAGAGCUGGUGUUUCUGUUAGCUUAGCUGGAGAAAGUGAGAGAAAAAUUGUGAAAGAGGUAUUUGUAGUUAUAAAAAAUGCCAUUAAUUCAGUCAAAAAUCGAGUCAUACCACCGGACGUUUUAGAAAAGUACAGAAAUAAGUUAGAAAAACUAGAACCAGAAAUUGCUGAGAUUCUUCAGGAAGAAUACCAGGAAAGGCAGUUGAGUAAAGUAGAAAAUCAAGUCAACAGAGCAGAAAAAUUAUUAAAAGGUGAAGCAGAAGAGAAGAGACCCUGGUUCCAAACAAACAAACAGAGACAAGAAGAAAAAGAACGAUUAAAUGCUACUUUCCAAAAAAAUAAAAGUGAUAAAAAAGAUAAAACAAAACCCAAAGGCAAGAGUAAGGAAGCGUCUCAUGACAGAGUCACUGACGAGCUUAGUAAAGUUGCAUUAGUACAAGCGAGGCUGGCAAAGAGAAAACACAAAUUGAAAAAAAUCAGUACUGUGAGAGAUGAAACGGUCAAUUUAGGUGGUAGACAAGGGAAAAAACAAAAAUCCUUCUUUGGUGAGACGAAAGACAACACCAAAAUAAGAACAAUUAAAAAAUCUCCCAAUGUUAAACAGAAAGGCAAAUUUAAGGGUGGUGCAAAGAAUAAAAAAGCUGGAAAGGUUUUUGGAAAACCGCAGCAAAAGAAAAAGAAGUAAUAUAAGGCUUAUGAUUCACAGUGUUAAGAAAUUAGUGAAGUGUUUAAUAUCAUGUUGAACAACUGUAUUUUUUAUGUAAAAUAUUUUGUAUAAUAAAAGUUUCAUAUAAACUUAACAUUUAUCAGUGAUACUUAUUAAAUCUAAAUUGAUGAGAUGUCUCAAGGUGGGUCUGCCAUGUGGACAAUUCUGGAAAAAAAGUAAUACUUGAAAAUAUCCAGUACAUGCUAAAUAAAAAAUAAAUUGACAUUAUUGAUAGAUAAACAAACUCCCUCAGAUUGAGAUUCAUAAGAAACAUUUGUUGUUGACUUUUUUACUUUUAGCUAUCUGAAACCACUAAAGAGAGGUUUAAUGAAAAAAAUGUUCAUUUUUUUUGUGAAUAACUUCCUUAUUCAAGCAUUCAAUUCUACGAAACUUAGUAUUUUUAUCUGCAAAAUUGUAACAGCAUAACUAUCAAAUAUGUAUUUCAAAACGGAAUAUUUGAAUUUAACAAAUUGAAUAAUGAUAUUAAACAAUGUUCGAAUUUAAAAAUGUUUAAAGAGACAAUAAUGUGAAAUUACAGGAAAAUGAUUAAAAAAAUGUGUGAAUGAAUAAUUAUACAAAAUUGACAUUGUAGCAUUAAUGCUAAAUAAAUCUUCAACAAAACAAAAAUAAACAAAACUUAAAGUCGGAAUAAGCAUUCACGUUUUUAACAUCCAACAUGGUUAAUACUAAACUGUAAGCUGUAGCAAAUCGGCCAUAAUUACCUUCCACUCUAAGCAGAACCAUUUCAGUGGAGAUGCUAUACAGCUAUGUCUCAAUGAAGGCCUCGCACACAAAACAUUGGUAAUAUGCUUGGGAAUAAUUUUUGAUGAGCACUUUGGGAAAACUGGUUUUGGUUAAUUUCGCUGAAUUUUUGAUGUUAUGCGUCUUGGCAUCCUGAACAAAUGUUUCAAUGGUUACAGGCCCCCAAGUCGGCAUAAUGGAGUAUCGGCCCUACUCAAUAUCUACUUUAAGUGGAAGAGUGGUUUAGGUCAAUUUUGUUAUUUUGUUUUUGUGUCUUGGUGUCCUGAAUAAAUGCCUUAAUGAGCACAUGCCGCAAGACACAUCGGGUCCAAGAUAUAGGCCGUCUGGGUCAGUAUAAUGGAGUAAUUAGUCCUACUCGAAUAUGUGCUUCAAGUGAAAGAGUGGUUUCUGUUAAUAUUGCCAAGUUUUUCAAUAUGUAAUGUGCCU